GCCUGGCUCCUCUGCAUGGCACGGUGCCACCCUUGCUCUCAAGGCUCCGCGCAGGCCCCUCCGGCCUCGCUCUCACCGAGGCUGCAGAAGCACAUUCCCGGCGAGGUGCACCUGGCAGCCUUCCCUGUGCAAAGGCAAUUGGGCAGCCUGAGCCAGUGCGGCUGGCAUGCUGCUCUCAGUCCUCAUUCCAGCCAGCCCACCACCCACCUCCCCAGCCUUGCUGUCACAGGAGCUUGCAGAAGGCCCGGGAUGCCCAAGGUGAAAGGAGAAUUCCCUUCCUCGCAGGAUGGGCGGUGCUGCUGCUUCUGCCUGCUUCCCUCGGGCGAGCAGAGGGUUAAGUGUGCGAGGCGUCUCUGGGCUGCCCCAGGGGGUUGGCCGUUGCCGCCGCCGCCGCCGCCGCUGACUCCUCCUGAUCAGGAGGACUGGAAGCAGCUGGGGCGGAGAAGAGAAGCCAAGUCUCGCCGAAGCCACAUCGCCUCGCAUUUUCCGCGGCACGCGAGGCUGGGCAGGCGCUGCGCGUCGCUUGUUGUACGUCUCCUGUUGCAGAUCUUGGGUGCUGUGAUCCUGGGCUUCGGAAUAUGGAUCUUGGUUGACAAGAAUAGCUUCAUUUCAGUUUUGCAGACCUCAUCAUCAUCGCUGAAGAUUGGGGCGUACAUUCUCAUUGGAGUCGGUGCUGUGACCAUGUUGAUGGGGUUCCUGGGCUGCAUUGGAGCAGUCAAUGAGAUCCGCUGUCUCUUGGGUCUGUACUUCACCUGCCUGUUGUUGAUCCUCAUAGCCCAGAUAGCUGCUGGCGUGCUCAUCUACCUCCAGCGGGAUAGACUCAGGAAAGAACUGGAUAUGAUUGCUGGCAACCUCAUUCAGAAUUACAAUCCCUAUGAUGACAAGAAUAGGACCCUUGAGAAUGCGUGGGACUAUGUCCAGUUGCAGCUGUCUUGCUGUGGCUGGGCUGCACCGGAAAAUUGGAAAAACAACACUUUCCUCCAGGACGGAAACCAGACAUCCUACCCUUGCUCUUGCGGCAAUGACUCAACCAACUCGCUCCCAGAAACAGGCUUCUGCUCUUUGGGUACUGUUUCCAACACCACAACGGUUGAGGACUGGCCUGUUAGAAAGCAGGGCUGUAGGGAAGGUGUGCAGAAUUGGCUACAGGAGAAUCUUGGCAUCAUUCUUGGAGUCUGUGCAGGGGUUGCUGUCAUUGAGCUCCUGGGGAUGAUUCUCUCGAUCUGCCUCUGCAAGAACAUACACACUGAAGACUACACCAAAGUGCCCAAGUACUGAGACUGCUGGCCUCAAGAGCUGUCCCGGAGCUAACGGGGCAUUUCCUCCCUCGUACCCAGACUGUCUUCAUCACUUACCAUUCCUCCUGUGGCAUCCAGCAUUGCUAUGGAUCAAUUAGGCUGCACCGCAGCUAUGAAUUCUUUGAGGGAUCAGGGUCUUGGGCAGCCCCUCCUGUCUCUUGACUGUUCUUCUAUGAAGCUGGCCAUUUUAAAGUCUUCCUCCGCUCGUGUGAUGCCCUGCACCUUUACCGCCAGCAGCACGCUAGACAGCCUCCUCUUUGUUUUUAUCCACUUCUGCCCCAUUGUGACUAAGCGUAAAAUGCUCCUUUUUCUUUUGCAGCUGUCUGCUACCAUUGCUUUGUGUAUUAAUUUCCACUAGGAAGAACAUUUGGGGGCUUUAGCUGUUGUUGUUGGUUUGGGGGUCUCUCCUAAAGAAAUACAUGCAGUAGAAAGGAUAAUCCUUUCUCUAACCUGACACCCUGGCCUUCCUUAAACUCACUUCCUCAGAUCUGUUGAAUUGUGUCUCUUGAAUAGUUUUGCAUAGUUCUGCUAUAGUCCCCCCCCCCACAAGAAAUGUUCCCUUCUCACUUACUGCACCAUCUUCAGUGACUUCAAUCUGAUGGAGGAUUGGCCCAGGCCCAGGCUUAUGAUGUCACCAGCUAGUAGUUACAGGGGUGUUGACUUGGGAGAUUUGAUUUUUGUACAAAACAAAACAAACCUUAUCUUCUCUGCCACACUCUUCCUCCUUUCUGAAUCUGGUUAGCUUGGAGGCACUUUAGAGACCACACACUAUAGCAUACGUGAGUCUGCGCAGGCUCACUGGAAUAUGUUCUUUGGUUGCCAACUUUUUUUAGAGGUGAUGCGUAAUAAUGUGUUGUGGUAAAAGAAUAUCUAGGAUCGAUGGCUUUUUCAUACCAGUGGUGGCGGGGGAGCAUUUGCUCUGACCCUUAGCUUAUGUAGCGACUCUUUCCUGUUAAACUAAAUCUCUGUUUGGGUGCCAUCUUUAAUUCAGAGACUCAUUGCAGCAGGAAGCCUCUGUCUCGGUGUUUCACUGGGAAGUAUGUUUUGCACCCAACAGCCAUGCUAGAUUCUGCUCCAGGACUGAGAGCAGGGAAGGCAAUGCAAU